AUGGAGAUUAUGUACUUUGAGAAAGGAAUAAUUUUACAUAAGUUGAAAUAUGAACUUGAGCUUCUGAAGAGGUUUGAGUUGUUGAAUUAUAAAAUUGUUGUGACAUCUACUGAUAAAAAUCAGAAAUUGGAUUCUGAUUCUGAUGGUGAUGAUGUAGAUGCGACAAUGUUCAAGCAGUUGGUUGGUUCUUUGAGGUAUUUGUGUAAUACCAUACUUGAUAUUUGCUAUGCAGUUGGAAUGGUGAGUAGGUUUAUGAGUAAAUCGAAGUGGUUUCAUUACCAAGUUGUUGUCGGAAUUCUGAGGUAUAUAAAGGGAACUAUGAAGUAUGGAGUUUUUUUCCCUUCUGGUGUUGAAACUGACUCAGAACUUCUGAGUUACUCAAAUUCUGAUUGGUGUGGAGACAGAGUUGACAGAAGAAGUACUUUUGGGUACUUGUUUAAGAUUCUGGGAAGUUCUAUUUCUUGGUCUUCCAAGAAGCAACCAGUUGUUGCUUUGUCAACCUGUGAAGUAGAAUAUAUUGUAGGUGUUGUGAAUGCAUGUCAAGAUGUGUGGCUUAUGAAUUCACUGCAGAAUAUGAAGAUCAAAGUAAACAAGCAUCUAAAACUGAUGAUUUAUAAAAAAAUCUGCAAUCAAUCUUGCCAAAAACCAAGUACUGCAUGA